AUGAAUUUUAUGGAAUUGAAGGCGCUUCAAUCUCCACGGCUACGUGAAGGUUGUAAUCAGCAAUUGACUAUUCAAAACAUAAGUAGCCACCCAAACAAACCACCACUUGAAGUCAAAGAUGUUCAUAUUCACUCAGCAUCGGAUAUAUUUGACCCUAAGGAAGAUUACGUUGGCUUAUUAAUUUAUUCAUGUAAAAACAAGAAUGAUUUCAAAUUACAUGGCGUGCAUUGCAGAGCUGGUGAUAUUUAUAUAAAACAAUCAGAAUGGAUUAAAACUCAUAUAAAAGGAAGGCCCAAACGUGGUGAUUAUGUUCAUGGUAGGUUAUUUUAUUCACUUUUUGGAUGUUGGAAAAAGAAGAAAGUAGAAUUUGUUGGUGCUGGGUUUUCAUAUAGAAAAGGUAAAUGGGUGUUUAACUCUCGCACACUCAAUACAAUGAAUCCGAACAAUAAUGAUGAUAAAUACCAUAAUACUCAGAAAAACUUGCAUACAGUUGAACAACAACUUAUACAAAAGGUGUGUGAUCACUUAUACACAAAUCAUCAAUGGCUAACGAUUCCAGAUGAAACUCGUAUUACAGUCACAGAAUUGUAUAACAUGAAAAAUUUAGCGGCUUCUAAAAGUGUCGUAAAACACAACGUCGAUUUAGAAAAAGUGAAUUGUGAUAGAAAACUUCAUGGAGUUGUCAAUUGGUUUAACUAUAGGCAAGGUUAUGGAUUUAUCAAAUGUAUCGGCUUAGAUCAAGAUCUUUUUGUACACUGUUCUGAAGUUAUCAAUCCACCAACAAAUUCGCGGGCGUUGAGCAUUGGUGAAAAUGUUGAAUUUAAUCUUGCGCCAACAACAAAGGGGUGGCAAGCAAGAUACAUUAUCAGUUGCUCUCAUCAUGACUCUGAUCAUUAA